AUGUUGGAACCUAUAAUGAAUACCUUAAAAUCUCAAAGGAUAAUCCUUGCAAGUUCUUCGCCUCGUCGUAAAGAAAUAUUAAAACAAAUUGGUAUUGAUUUUGAUGUUAUCCCAUCGAAUUAUGAAGAAAAUUUAAAUCCUCAUGAUUUUCCCAGUCCAUCCGAAUUUGUCAUUGCAACAGCAGUCAAUAAAGUCGAAGAAGUGAAUAAUCGUCUUGAUAAACUCUGUGAAAAAUAUGAUAUUCUCAUUGGUGUAGACACAAUUGUUCACAUGAAUGGUAAAAUAUAUGGGAAACCCAAAGACGAAGAAGAAGCAUAUAAUUUUUUAAAAUCAUUUAGCAAUAAUUGUCACAGUGUUUAUUCCGGAGUGUGUUUAAAAACUCGAGAUAAAACUUUGGUUUUUAGCGAAAUGACAAAAGUUUAUUUUGGCGAUUUAAAUGAUGAUGUUAUCGAAGCAUAUGUUAAAAGUGGUGAUCCUAUGGACAAAGCUGGCGGUUAUGGUAUACAGGUCAAAGGUGGUAGUUUUAUAGAAAAAAUUGAUGGCGAUUACUUCAAUGUUGUCGGCUUGCCAUUAUAUAGUUUUUGUAAGCAUUUAUUAAAACUUGUUUCUCUUUGA